CCUUGCGUUCUUUUUCACUCGGACUCGUGCUUAGCAUAGACAGAGAGAGUGCAAUGCUACGUGCGAGCGAGAGAGAACGCAAGGGGCACGAAACAGAGUGUAUCCUUUUCUGCAUAACCUUUACCCCCACUCCCUAAAUAAAGGCAAAUGCUCGGUCUAGAUAUUCUAUGUCUAUGAUCAAAUUACUGCAAUAAGAUUUCUGUUUCGUGUUUCGUCUUUCCUUCUUCAUUAAUGACAAGUUUGUAUUACGAGUGUUAAUCGCAUGAUAUUAAAUCGAUGCUUUCAAUGUGUGUCAUAUAUAUUAAACAACUAUCUUUUUAAGAAAUUAUUACUGACGUUCUGGAAAAGUAACAGAAAUAUAUGAUCUUUAAAAUAUGGAUUUUGAAGGUGAAGCACAUGGUGGAAACUUUGAGGUAAAUUUUUCUGACAUGGAUGACUCUGAGAGUGAUAAAUCUAGAAAAACACAAUCAAGUUCUUUAGAAGUCGUAAGCAUCUCAACAGAUAUAAAUAGUUCUAUUGAUACAUUUGAAAGCAAUGUCAUAAAAGAUGCUAAUCAUGUAAUAAAACUUGAUAACAACUUUGUUUGCAAAAAUAUGCAAAAUGAACAUGUACACGAAUCUGUGAAACUUUCUAUAGGAGGUGAUGUUAAAACAACAACUGAUAAAUGUGACAAAACUAAUGACACGUUAAAUAUUUUUUGUAAAACUAUUAAUUCGGUUGAUGCAUCAGAAGCAACUACUUCACAAAAAAAUAGUUCAUCUUCUUUUUAUGCUGAUGUAUCAAAUGUAUUACAUAUAGAUCAGACUAAAGCCAAACGAAGUAUUUUGAAAGGUCAAGUACAUGUCAAUAGUAAUGCAUCAAUAGAAAAAUCAGAAGAUAGUUCAGACGAAGAUUCGAGUAAACGUCAGAAGUUAAAUAAAAGUAUAGACAAUAUCGAUCCUGAAAAUGUAAGCAAUGACAUAGCAACAUUUCAAAAAACCAAAUCAAAAAUAAAACAACGAAAUUAUCGGAAAAGACGAAAUAUAACAAGUGAUAAUGAAAACAGUUCUGGGAAUACUUCAUCAAGUGAGGCAACAAGGGAAAACUCUGGGUUUUAUACAGAUGAAGAAGAAGAAUAUGAGGAAGAGCUACCUCGUUGCCAAGAAAACGAGAUACCAUCAAUUGGCAUUCAACCCAAUUGGCACAUAGUACCAGAAGUUAUGAAUCGUCAAAUAGGUAGCAAUCUGUUGUUCCAAAGAAGGUUUUACGGUUCUUUACAUGCAGUAGAACGACUCGAACUUAUGUAUAAUCUUAAUGAACAUCAGGGUUGUGUAAAUGCUUUAAACUUCAAUGAAAAGGGAAAUUUACUAGCAAGUGCUUCUGACGAUUUAACAGUUGUUAUCUGGAAUUGGGCUGUAGGAAAAAAGCGUCAUUCGUUUAUGAGUGGACACACGAGAAAUAUAUUUCAAGCCAAGUGGUUACCAUUCGACAUGGAGUAUCUUAUGGUCACUUGUGCUGAAGAUGGUCAAAUACGUUUAUUGGAUCUUGAACAUAAUACAUCAAAGAGAUUAGCGGCGCAUCGUGCCGCAUCACAUAAAUUAGCUGUGCAUCCUGAUACACCUCAUAUAAUCUUUUCUGCUGGGGAAGAUGCAAGAAUAUUCUCCAUAGAUAUCCGAGAAAGGAAACCAAAUAGAUUACUAUAUGUAAAAGAGGAUUCAUCUAGAAUAGUGCAACUAUAUAGUAUACACUGUAAUCCUUUUAAUAGCAAUGAAUUUUGCAUCGGCGGCCGUUCUCAAUAUGUAAGAGUAUAUGAUCGACGAAAAGUUUCGACGCCACUCUAUAAAUUAUGUCCUAAUCAUCUGACAGAGAAUAAACAAAACGCACAUGUAACAUGCGCUGUAUAUAAUCACGAUGGAACUGAAAUUCUCGCAUCAUAUAAUGAUGAAGUCAUAUAUCUAUUUAAUAGAUUUUUAUCAUUUGAAGAUUACACUAAUACAUAUGUAGGCCAUAGGAAUAGGGCAACUGUAAAAGGUGUCAAUUUCUUUGGACCCAAAAGUGAAUAUGUUAUAUCCGGAUCUGAUUGUGGUAAUAUAUUUAUUUGGGAGAAAACUACAUCAGCAGUUGUACAAUGGAUGGCAGGAGAUAAACAAGGAGUUGUAAAUUGUUUAGAAGGACAUCCGCAUAUUCCUGUUCUUGCAACAAGUGGAUUAGAUUAUGAUGUCAAAAUAUGGAUGCCUUCAAGCAGAGAACCUCCAAAGAUGGAAUCAUUAGUGAAUUGUGCCAAAUCUAAUGCGAGAAAUAGAAAGCAAGAAAACACGCCUGAUGGACCGGAUGGGCAAUGGCAUUGGGUUUUGGGUGUAUUAAGAUAUGCCCGUAUUAGAGAAAGAAUGCGUCAACUUUAUCCACAUCAAUAUGAAUUUGAUGAUCCAAUUGGAGAUGACGAUGAUGAUGAUGAUGAUGACGACGAUUACCAUUUUGAUGAUUCUUCUAAUGAUAACUCAUCUGACAAUACUGAUAGUCAAUCAGAAAAUGGAAAUGUUGGAAGAACACAAUGUCCUCAAUCUUAGAAAUAUUGCUUAAUUAAUACAAUUAAUACAAUGGAAAUUA